CCUCUUCUGAGUCUGAGCACGAGAGCUCAUCAUCAACCGUUCUCUUCUGGGCUGAACGUUCGGUUUCCUUUUCUCUUUCCAAGGAAGGCGCCAUUUGCCUGCACCGGUUAUUUGCGUCUUUUCGUGAAAUAUCAUAGUUGGUGUCAAAUUAUCAUCAAAUCCUGUGAAAGAAUCUUUCAACUCAACAUCACACCUUUAUUUUAUUCGGCUAAGUGAUCUUCUAAUUCUCCAGCGGCAAUGAAGCGAUACUCAGACGGAGGAGGAGGAAACAUGGGUGGCCCGCAGAAGCGAUUCAGAGGAAAUCCCAAUGACAUUGAAGUCAGACUCCUGAUCCCCAGUAAAGUUGCUGGAUCUAUCAUUGGAAAGGGUGGAAAAAAUAUCUCAAGGCUUCGUUCCGAUUACAAAGCCACUGUAACAGUCCCUGAUUGCCCAGGCCCGGAACGUAUUUUGACUGUAUCCGCAUCAGACGUAGAUACCGUGCUGAAGGUGACCAACGAAAUCGUUCCCAACUUGGAAGAUUUCUCGCCGAGCGGUCGCGGUGGCAAGAGCAGCGAUGACGUGGAUCUGCGCAUGCUCGUGCACCAGAGCCAGGCCGGCUGCAUCAUUGGCAAGGCUGGCGGCAAGGUCAAGGAGCUCAGAGAGAAAACCGGAGCUCGCAUCAAGAUCUACACGAACUGUUGCCCGGACAGCACUGACCGCGUGGUCCAGAUCACCGGCAAAGGAAACACCUGUGUCAACUGUGUCAGGGAGAUCAUCGACCUCCUCAAAUCUGCGCCGGUGAAAGGCGUGGAGAAUCCGUACGACCCGCACAACUUCGAUGACCUGUACCCUGACGAGUACGGCGGCUACGGCAGCGCCGGGGGCGGUAUGGGUGGUCGCGGGGGUGGAGGCGGCGGCGGAGGCGGCAUGAUGGGCAACGGACCGCCGCCGAUGGGGGGCCGUGGAGGUGGAGGCGGUGGACCGCCACCACCCAGGGGCAUGGGAGGACCUGAUCGAUUCGGAGGACCACCUGGACCCCCUGGUCCUGGACCCAGAGGAAUUGGUGGCCCCCCUCCCUUGUCUAGAGGCGGCUUCGGUGGUGGAUUUGGUGGAGGAGGCAACGGCAUUGGCAUUGGCCCAUUGGGCAUCAAUGAUUCCCCCUCAAUGAUGGGCGGCCCCAUGGGUGGGCCAAUGGGGGGCGGAGGCCCCCCUCGAGGCUUAGGCAAUGGUGGCCCUCCCCUCCCCGAGUCUACGCAAGUCAGCAUUCCUAAAGAUCUGGCUGGGGCGAUAAUCGGCAAGUCGGGCGUUCGGAUUCGCAAAAUUCGCGGCGAAUCUGGAGCGGGAAUAACCAUUGAUGAGCCGGCACCCGGCAGCAACGACAGAAUAAUCACAAUCACUGGCAAUCCACAGCAAAUACAGAUGGCCCAGUACCUAUUACAACAGAGCGUCCAUGAGAAUGAUAUGAUGAGACCUUCAGGAAAGGGAGGCCGUUACUGAACUUUGGAUUCGAGAUCCUAAAUCUCGGAAAUCUGUGAAGUUUGCAAAAAUUUCCUCGAAUAUGCUCAUAUCUCAUUGUGACGGACUCAUACAGUGAUUAAAUAAUAAUCUAUUCUACAAUUAUGUCAUAAAACAAUUGACUCUUUCACAUAAUUAGUCAUGCUAGCUUAUAAAUCUCCACUACUAACUUGAUAGUUUUUGAAACUAGGUUAUGUUAAAUAAGUUGUAAUUGCCAUCCAAUUACAAUAAAGUUUUUAUAGCUAAAUAAACAAAAAAUGAAAAACUUCUAUUAUUCGAUCUGUGUUUUUCGUAAACUGCGUAUUUAUAAAAACUUUUCAGUGUGUUUGUCUUUGUAGACAUAUUUCAAAGUGCUGGUAAUAGAUGCCAUAUCUGACAAGGCUGGGAUCACCCAAGGUUAAUAGAUCUACCUCCUUAGUAGUAUAUUCACCUUGGCAAUCAUCAUGAUAGCCGAUUGUUAACUUAUUUUGUCGUUGAAAAUAAAAGAGUUGAAGCUCUUUAUAAUUUUUUAUAUAAUUUAACUAUACUCAUUGUCUUAUGUUUUUGUAACUUAUAAAAUAAUGUAGUUUCGAUAGAAGUAUACAAUAAUAGUAUGUUUGAGAAAUUUGGAAUAAGUGGAAUUGUCGUUCCUCAAGGUUUGUGCAUUCAAAUCCACUGAAUGGCGAAAAGCAAUUUUAUUAUUGGAUGUUACAAUUGAAGUUAGUUCAAUUACCUCAGAAGUUGUGUAACAUUAGAGAAAUAAACAUUUUUUAUUAGUA